AGUAGCGGAUCAGUGGAGCGGUCCUGACUCUCCGUCUCUUCCCGACUCACACCGCGGAACAGUGGGGGGGCCUACGCUACACUUUCCCGGAUAUCGUUUCUCCAGCUGUCGCUUCAUUCCAGAAUCUGUCUUCAGUGUAAAGUGUGUGCUUUCUUGACUGUGUGGCGUGCGGUGAAGGGGAAUGAGUGGCGGGGAAAGGCUACCGUGACUUUUGUAUUUAUUUUUUUGACGGAGGAGACAAGUGGCCGCUGGUGCCAGCGGGGCAGAGAGGAGCUGCUGCCGCUUCUGCCGCUGAGCACGCAGAAGUGUUAGCUUCCAUGGAUAAACAACACUACAGCGCCAAGAUGGACCUGAAGCUGCUUUUGAUAUCCGUACUGUUAGGAAUCAUCUGUUUCAGCGAUGCUCAGAAAGAGGGGAACGAGUGCAUCAAUGCCAAUGCCAAAUUCUGCGGGGAAUGUAUCCAGGCUGGAGCCAAAUGUGGCUGGUGUAAAGACCCAAACUUUCUCAAACAGGGUGAGACCGUGUCGACCCGCUGCGACGAGCUACAGUCUCUGUUGAAAAGGGGCUGCGAUGAGGCAAUGAUCGAGAACCCACAUGGAGGAAAGAAGAUCCUCAAGAACAAAGCAGUGACAAAUCGCAGAAACAGAGCAGAGAAACUGAAGCCAGAGGACAUCACUCAGAUCCAGCCCCAGAAACUCAGCCUCACCCUCCGAUCUGGUGAGCCCCAGUCAUUUGACUUGAAGUUCAAAAGAGCCGAGGAUUAUCCCAUAGAUAUGUACUACUUGAUGGACCUGUCGUACUCCAUGAAAGACGAUCUGGAGAAUGUCAAGAACCUGGGAACCAGUCUGAUGUUGGAGAUGUCAAAGAUCACUUCUGACUUCAGGAUAGGUUUUGGUUCUUUUGUGGAGAAAACAGUCAUGCCAUACAUCAGCACCACCCCGGCCAAGCUGCUCAACCCUUGCACGGGUGACCAGAACUGCACUAGUCCCUUUAGCUACAAGAACGUCUUGAAGCUGACCAGUGAUGGCAAGAAGUUCAACACCCUGGUAGGCCAGCAGCACAUUUCUGGAAACCUGGACUCUCCUGAGGGCGGCUUUGAUGCCAUCAUGCAAGUGGCUGUGUGUGGGGAGCUGAUAGGGUGGAGGAAUGUGACUCGUCUGCUUGUCUUCUCCACUGAUGCCGGCUUCCAUUUUGCUGGAGAUGGUAAACUGGGCGGCAUUGUGCUUCCAAAUGAUGGAAAAUGUCACCUGGAGAACGGUGUUUACACGAUGAGCCACUAUUAUGACUAUCCCUCUAUUGCUCACCUGGUCCAGAAGCUGAGUGACAACAACAUUCAGACAAUCUUUGCGGUCACAGAGGAGUUCCAGCCUGUUUAUCAAGAACUAAAAAAUCUGAUACCAAAGUCUGCAGUGGGCACGCUGUCUGCCAACUCGAGCAAUGUGAUCAACCUUAUUAUAGAUGCUUACAAUUCUCUCUCAUCUGAGGUUAUUCUGGAGAACAACAAACUUCCAGAGGGAGUGACCAUAGCUUACACAUCUCGCUGUAAGAACGGAGUGGUUAGUGAGGGCGAGAGUGGACGCAAGUGCUCCAACAUCUCCAUCGGAGAUGAGGUCAUGUUUAGCAUCAGUGUGACUUCUAAUGGAUGUCCGAAUAAAGGCAAGCCAGAGACCAUUAAGAUAAAGCCCCUGGGCUUCACAGAGGAAGUGGAGAUCACCUUGCACUUUGUCUGUGAAUGUGAAUGUCACAAGAGGGGUGUCAAGAACAGUCCACUCUGCCACUUUGGUAACGGGACCUAUGAGUGUGGAGCCUGCAAGUGUAACGACGGACGCGUGGGCAGACAGUGCGAAUGCAGCAGCAACGACGUAGCCACAGAGGACAUGGACCGCACCUGCCGCAAAGACAACAGCACUGACAUCUGUAGCAACAAUGGAGACUGUGUGUGUGGCACAUGUGAAUGCAAGAAGAGAGACAACCCUGAGGAGAGGUACAGUGGACUGUACUGCGAGUGUGACAACUUUAACUGUGACCGUUCUGGAAACAAACUGUGUGGAGGACACGGAAGGUGCGACUGUAGAGUGUGUAUCUGUGACGCCUUGUGGACCGGCAGUGCCUGUGAUUGUUCCAUGGACAACAGUACUUGUAUGGCCAGCAACAAGCAGAUCUGCAAUGGAAGAGGGACUUGUGAAUGUGGCACCUGUAAGUGCACUGACCCCAAAUUCCAGGGUCCCACCUGUGAAACAUGCCCCACCUGUCCAGGAGUUUGCACUGAACACAAAGAGUGUGUCCAGUGCCGAGCUUUUGGCACAGGUGAGAAGAAGGACACGUGUGAGCUCGAGUGCAGCUACUUCAACCUGAUUAAAGUGAAGGACAGAGACAAGCUGCCUCAGCCCAACGACGCCACUUAUCCUGUGAUGCACUGUAAGGAGAGGGACGCCAACGACUGCUGGUUCUACUACACCUACGCUGUCAACAACAACACAGAGAAGGAGGUGCAUGUGGUGGACACACUGGACUGCCCUGCAGGCCCUGACAUCAUCCCAAUCGUAGCUGGUGUGGUCGCCGGCAUCGUCCUGAUCGGCUUAGCCCUACUGCUCAUCUGGAAGCUGCUGAUGAUCAUUCAUGACAGGAGAGAGUUCGCCAAGUUUGAGAAGGAGAAGAUGAAUGCCAAAUGGGACACGCAAGAAAACCCCAUAUACAAGAGUCCUAUCAAUCAGUUCCAGAACCCAGGCUAUGGACGUAAAGCCGCUGCUGCCCUUUGAGGUGAAAACCCCAUCUACAAAAGCGCUGUCACAACUGUGGUCAACCCCAAAUAUGAAGGAAAAUGAUGACAAUGAACUUCUGCUAUUGAAAUAUUUGAUAUCUGCAGCAUUCAGUUUGUUUGUGAUCUGAGUUCUAUGUAAUUUGUUCCUGUCACCUUAUCAUUAUAAUGCACCAUGCAGCCACUGCAUCUGUACUUUUACUAACACUUAUGAAUUACCUGCAUUUGUUUGUAUUUUAGAUGUACAGUUAUACAAUAUGUGUAUAUACUUUAAAGUUGCAUAUCUGCAGAAGUUGAAGUAAUGUUUCUUUUGGUCCUGCCAUAGCACUGGUAUGGGCAGACAGUUUAGCUUUUUUUUAAAACACAGUGAGGACAAUACAACAAAACAGAAUCUGAACAAGAAUUCUUCAGCUCCUGUCUGUUAGUCUCUGUUUUUCUCUCUUCUCCUAUGUCUCUGUGCACUGACUUCCUGUGUGUCUCUGUGUGUUCCAGACAUGACCUGAGUUAAAUGUGUAAACUCAGGUCGACCAUAGCUGCACAUUACGUCAAUGUGUGUGUGUGUGUGUGUAUAUAAAGUAUAUAUAUAGAAAUCAGUUACAAAAGGAAAUAGUGAACCAUAUUUAGCAUCCAUCUCAGACCAGACAAUGUCAUUGAAUCACAAAGAAAAUAGUCUGCAGUGGUUGUAAAUGUAGUUUUAAACUGCAGAUUAAGGAAUAUCUGAUGCCUAAAAUUGAGUUCUGUUGUCUGUCCUAAAGAACUAAAUAAGCAAGCUGAAUAUUAAUAUCAACUAUUGUUUUUUGUAUUGUUGAUAUACUAUCACAAAGGGAUUGUAUACCACUUUUUAAUGAAAUUGUGGUGAUGCUGAACAAUCAAAGGAUUUGUAAAGUUACAAUGAACUAAUGAAUUGUUUUUAUUUGUUAAGUGCAGUAACAUAAUUAGUCACUCAGGUUUUCCUCCUGUGUUUUUGUCACAUAUGCCAAAAACCUGUGUUUUCUGUCAGCUUGUCCGAUAAACUGGUGAACUUGUGUGCGAGUGAGUUUGGUAUGUUGUAUUCAACAUAUUUGUUCAGAUGUUUUGAGAAUCACCUCUGAAAUGUAUUCACACCCAAAUGCCUCUGAAGUACAACACACAAGCCUUUUCAGUAUUGUUUUCAAAGUGCCUUUUAUUUCAAUACCAGGUUCUCUCUCUGUGCUGUUUGAGUUAUUUAUUAAAUAAAGUACAAAAGCU